AUGGAGGUUUGGUUGGUUCAUUGCUUAAAAUUUGACUCUACUUUGCAGCAGGAGAUGCAGCAGCAGGACCGACGGGAUGCGCUCGUUGACUCGCAGGCCAUGCAGCAAGUCAAUGGCUACAACCAGCAGGGUGCAGACUUUCAACAAAGACAGAUGGAGGAGGUCACAAAAGAGAUGAAGCAGUUGCCCUCAAGCAGUUUGGAGCUGAAAGCAUCGAAGGAUGCAUCAAGAGGAGCCCCGACCUCGUUGCAGUCCUUGGCCAAGAGCAUUGAUCUAGAAGGGCCAGAAGGUCAGAAUCCCACUCAACAAUCUCACCAUCAUCAUCAUCAUCAUCAUCAUCACCACGGAGGUGCCCAUGAAGCCUGGCACAAUCACUGUGAUGAUGGUGGCUGUUAUGAUGAGUAUGGAGGCUACUGGGAUGAUAUCCAUGGAGGGUAUUGGGAUGAGUAUGGCCGCUACUGGGAAGAAGGCUGGGGAGGCUACUGGGAUCCUGAUGGAACAUACUAUGUGAAGGAUGACGCUCAGGAAGCAAAAGAGGAUGCUAGCUCAUUGCAGGAGUGGUUUAAGCAGUGCGGUCAGAUUCGCAUUCCUCCGUCAAUUGUCGCAACGCGGCGUGCAGCCAGCGAAGCCUAUUGGGACUUUGACAGGUCUUUGGCAGUGGCCGAGAAGGCAGUAGAUGACGCCCUCACCUCAGCAAGGAUGAAAGGUGAAUGA